AUGUCUUCUGGGGCCAGCGUGAGCGCCCUGCAGCGCCUGGUGGAGCAGCUCAAGCUGGAGGCCAGCGUGGAGAGGAUCAAGGUCUCUCAGGCUGCGGCAGAGCUUCAGCAGUACUGCAUGCAGAAUGCCUGUAAGGAUGCUCUGCUGGUUGGAGUUCCAGCCGGAAGCAACCCCUUCUGAGAGCCCAGAUCCUGCAUUUUACUUUGAAGACUUGGAAGAAGUUUGUUGAGAAAUGCCUUCGAGCACAAAGUAAUGAAUGACUGACUCCAAGUCUCAAGAAAACACUUUUGUUUAGCCAAAUGACUGAGAUAUUUCAGACCUUUCCAGUGUCCUGAUCUUACAGCCAAAAUUCUACAGAAAUUAAUGAUUUUCUACUCAAAUAAGGAAACUGAGUGAAGAAAUAGAAUUGUUUUAAGUAAUAAUGGCUUGGUUCUCCUGAAGAAGUGCUUUGUAUUAAGAUAAAAACCUUACCACCAAUAUACUAAAAUACACCUCUUUAAUAAGUGAGUUACUGGUGUUGCUAUACCUAGAAUAUCAUGUAUGUUUUAUUAACUGGAUGUUUACAUUUUAGGAAGGAAAACACUUUUGUUUAUUAAAAAAAAAUGGAGUAUUUGUAAUUUGUUGUUCCUAAGAUUUUUAUACUAUAAUAAAAUUUGUUCUAUCAUAAAUUUAUAAUUACUAAAUGAAGAUAAGAAAGUAUAAAAUUGUGGGGGAAGAAUAGACUUUACUAAUCAAAUGAUGCCUUGAUUUUUUCUAAAUAAGAAGAUUGUUUUAUUUAA